AUGUUCGUGCGUCCAACGUUGAGAGGGCUUUCUAAAACGCCCAAUUACUUCUUGAAGAACUCCAAACUGCCUCUAAAAUCUGGAUUCAAUGGUGGAAAGUUCAUCCUGUAUACUGCAGGCGCAAUCGGCGGUGGAUUUGCGGGUCUCUACCUUCUGAACUCCAGGUCCGCAAUCCACGAGUAUUUGUUCUGCCCGCUGAUUAGACUCGUGACACCGGAUGCCGAGACCGGUCACCAGCUAGGCGUUUUCUUUCUGAAAUGGGGCCUUGCACCAAAGCUGCUGUUUGACAAGGACGACGAGGUGCUGAAAGUCAAUGUGUUUGGAACAAUCCUAACAAACCCUGUCGGCUGUGCUGCCGGCCUGGACAAGGACGGCGAAGCCAUCGACGGCAUUCUGCAGAGCGGUUUCAGUUAUCAUGAGAUCGGCUCUAUUACGCCGCUGCCACAACCUGGCAACCCCAGGUCUAGGUUUUUCAGACUACCCCAAGACGAAGCUGUCAUUAACAGGUACGGCUUCAACUCUACCGGCAAAGAUUCUGUGCAGGGUACUCUUGUCGAGCGUGCGUCGAAGUAUGUCAAGUCUUACUUCAAAGAUGCUGACGUUGGCAAAAUGUCGCUCUACAAGAACAAGCUCUUGGCCAUCAACCUGGGUAAGAACAAGAAUGGUGACGAGGUCCAAGAUUACCUGAAGGGCGUUGAGACCUUUCAGUCACUUGCUGACGUUCUUGUUAUCAACGUGUCCUCUCCAAAUACGCCUGGCCUGAGAGACUUGCAAAACGAGUCUAAGCUUGCAGAUCUGCUUCAAAAGGUGGUGGACAAAAGAAACUCUUUAGUCGAUGCCGGCAACCAAUUAGGUGCCAAGGCUCACAAACCACCAGUCCUGGUCAAAAUCGCCCCUGAUUUAACUGAGCCUGAGCUUUUGUCAAUCGCCGAGGCAGCCAAAAAAUCCAAAGUUGAUGGUAUUAUUGUUUCCAAUACUACUAUUCAAAGGCCAAACAGCCUCAUAACUCAAGACCCGGAAGUUAAGUUUCAGACCGGUGGGUUAUCUGGCAAGCCACUGAAGCAGUAUUCGCUCAAAGCUCUGCGCACCAUCUACAAGUAUACAAAAGACUCUGACUUGGUGCUAAUCGGCUGUGGUGGUAUAUCAUCUGCCCAAGACGCGCUGGAGUACGCCAGAGCUGGCGCCACUUUUGUUCAACUUUACACAUCUUUUGCCUACAAAGGGCCCGGCGUUGUCUCCAAAAUCAAGGACGGUCUCACAGAGGAGCUUAAGAGAGAAGGCAAAACAUGGAUGCAGAUUAUAGGAGAAGACAGUAAAUAG